GGGAGAAAUAUCAGGGUUCCAAGUUUAUUCUUCAACGUAUAAAAAUGCAAUUCUCAGGCUGCUGUAUUCGUUAUCCUUCAACCUCUAAUUCUCACUCACAUUCAUACUUCCAACAUGUCGGCAUCAAGUGCUUCUGUCGAAAAGCCGACUGAAGAACACGUCGAGAAAGGAUACCUUGACAACAUGAAUGCCGAUGAACGGUUACUUCAUGAACUCGGCUACAGACAAGAUCUAAGUCGAUCCAUUUCGGCAUUCUCCAAUUUUGCUAUUGCUUACUCAUGCUGCUCUGUGCUGGCGGCCUUACCACCGAUGUGGGGCGACGCCAUGAUCGAUGCAGGCUCUUCCAGUGUGAUCUGGGGUUGGGUCAUUACCAGUAUUUUCACCAUGUUAGUAGCCAUGUCACUAGCCGAAAUUUGUAGUGCUUAUCCAACCACUGGCGGUCUUUAUUUUUGGGUAUCAAGGCUUGCCACUGCCGAAUGGGUGCCAUUAGCGUGCUGGCUCACCGGAUGGUGCAACUGGAUUGGAUUAGCUUUUGCAAUCACAUCGAUUGAUCUUGGGCUUGCACAAUUUAUCGCUGGUAUUAUCCAAAUAUGGGAUCCCGAAGCCAAUACAUCCGUCUAUAUGCAAUACGGCAUUUUUAUCGGCAUCAUCAUCAUUCACGGUAUCCUCAAUUCUGUCGCCGUUAAAUGGAACGGUGUCAUGAAUCAGGGCGCUUUCUUUGCGAAUAUGGUGGGGAUUAUUAUCAUUGUUAUUGCUGGUUUAGCCAUCACCCGACCGUUGAACACCGGUGCAUUUGUGUUUGGUCAAUUCUUUAACGGAUCCGGUUUUGCCAAUGAUCCCUUUGCAUUUUUGCUGGUCAUUUUGCAAUCACAGUAUACAUUAUCUGGAUAUGACAGCGCGGCUCACAUGAGUGAAGAGACACAGAAUUCUCAAAGAGGAUCGGCCAACGGUAUCCUGUUGGCGGUGGCGGCCAAUGCCGUAUCGGGAUUUGUGUUCCUUAUCGGUAUUGCCUUUAUGGUCAAAGACUACGACCGUCAGAUUCUUGGUGAAAGCGCGAUCCAGCCCCAGAUGGUUCAGGUCUUCUUGGACGGCGUUGGGCCAGCAUGGACCGUGGUGUUCUUGGUCUUUGUCAUGGUUAGCAUUUUCUUCUGCGGCUCCUCUUUAACAUUGGGAAGUUCGCGUAUGAUUUACGCCUUUGCUCGCGACGGGGCCAUGCCUUUUUCGAAGCAUCUGCACAGCUUGAACAAGCAAACCAACAACCCGGUAAUCGCUGUAUGGUUCAACAUUAUUGUGGCCGGUGUCAUCGGUAUUUUGUAUAUGAUCAACAGCACCGCCUACGAAGCCAUUGUCUCUGUCAAUACCAUUGGCGCACAACUGUCUUAUUUAAUCCCUAUUGUGCUACGGAUCACUAUUUCCCGCAAAUCCUUCGUUCCCGGUCCAUGGCAUUUGGGAAAAUUCAGUACACCAGUGGGCAUUAUUUCCUCGUGUUGGCUUGUCUUUACCUGCGUCUUGUUCGUGUUGCCGGUGGAAGCUCCUGUAACGGCCGAUAACAUGAAUUAUGCCAUCGUUCCAUUUGCAGCCAUCAUGCUUGUUUCGUCCGGCUACUUUUAUUUCUGGGGCCGUAAAUGGUUUACUGGUCCAGUCCGUAUUGUCGACGGCCAGAAAGUCAUUUUAGAAGACGACGAAGACGCCCAAACUCAACCUUACGCCUUGAAACAGGAAGUGGCCCCCGAAGUGCAGAACAAUGAAAACAAAUAGUACCCCUUUACUACCAUAUCUACUAUUACAAUUAUUUAUUUAUUUAUUUAUUUAUAAAAGCAUUGAAAUUCCAUGACAACUGUACGUGUGCCCAUGAUCGCUCAGGUUGGCCAACCAAAAAAAUGAUAGUGAU